GUGCGGCGCCCGGGGUGGGGCGCGCGGCAGUGACGUCACGGCGCCAGACUCCGGAAGCAGCGGCGGGUUCUGGGAGAAAGCGGGCGGCGGCGAGACGACCCCGGGCGGCGGUAGAGCGGGUUGGGCGAGCAGGGGCCGGCUAGGGCAGCGCGACCCGGGGGGCAGCCUACCGAAGGCGGCGGUUGUGCCUCGGUCUGGGGCUGCUCCGGUGUGGCCACCAUGGACCUGCUCUUUGGGCGCCGGAAAACCCCAGAGGAGCUGCUUCGCCAGAACCAGAGGGCCCUGAACCGCGCCAUGCGCGAGCUGGACAGGGAGCGGCAGAAGCUGGAAACCCAGGAGAAGAAGAUCAUCGCCGACAUCAAGAAGAUGGCCAAGCAGGGCCAGAUGGACGCCGUGAAAAUCAUGGCCCGAGAUCUGGUGCGAACCCGCCGCUACGUCAGCAAGUUUGUGAUGAUGCGGGCCAACAUCCAGGCCGUGUCCCUGAAGAUCCAGACCCUGAAGUCCAACAACUCCAUGGCGCAGGCCAUGAAGGGUGUCACCAAAGCCAUGGGGACCAUGAACAGGCAGCUCAAGCUGCCCCAGAUCCAGAAGAUCAUGAUGGAGUUUGAGCGGCAGGCCGAGAUCAUGGACAUGAAGGAGGAGAUGAUGAACGACGCCAUUGACGACGCCAUGGGAGACGAGGAGGAUGAGGAGGAAAGUGACGCUGUUGUGUCCCAAGUACUGGACGAACUGGGCCUGAGCCUGACCGACGAGCUGUCCAAUCUCCCCUCCACGGGCGGCUCCCUCUCCGUGGCUGCGGGUGGCAAGAAGGCGGAACCUUCGGCGGCCCUGGCGGACGCCGACGCGGACUUGGAGGAGCGACUCAAGAACCUGAGGAGGGACUGAGGCGGCGGAGGGGGGGUGUGUGUGUGUGUCCCAAUAAAGUGUCUGAGGCGCCCCC